GAUAAGCGACGUUCUUGCAGAAUUACGGUGUUGAAAGACUCUCGAUAGCCUCCGUACUCCACAGCACCAGAGAAGAAAAGAUGGCGAUGGCGACUCUCGUUUCCUCCAGCAUCUCCGCAGUGCGCACGACAUCCAAAGCCACAUCUGUGACCGUUGCCCGGGCAGCGAUUCUCGGACGCCCCACCUUCCUCCCCGCUCGCCCCGUUCAGGCGUUUGCCGCUCGUAGGCACGCCUGCAACAUCACAAGGUCUCGCAGCAACUCUCUGAAGGUGAAUGCCCGCGAUGAGGCCACCUUGGAGCUUGAAGACGGCGUUGAGGGAGGCGCUGACUACUCCGGCCUGCUGGCUGUGAUUGGGUACGCGGCAGUGCACUUCAACAAGGUGUCCGUGGAUCGCACUCUGCUGCUCAAGGCUCUGGCGCUCUACACCCUCGUCAACGCGGCCGUCAACCUCAUCACGCGCAAAGGCUUCGGCGAGAAGAUCUCGCACGUGAUCGGCCCCGCCUCGCUGGCGGUGUACGCGCUGAACUUCAGCCGCAUCUCCUUCCUGGACACAGUCACCGUCCUCUUCGGCUACUUCCUCGCCGAGAAGCUGGAGCCCACCAACCUGUUCUGGGUCUUCAUUGCCACCCUGGUCGCCUCCGUCUACUACGGCUACGGAACACUGUGGUACGCUGUGGCGGUGGGCGUGGUGUCGGUGACUAAGCUGUACCGCGCCAACGAGGACAAGAAGCCCCUGCCCGUGCUGCUGCUCGCCGUUGUGGCCGCCUCCGGCUGGGCAAUCUACAAGGAGCAGCACUACUUGUGGGCGCUCGUGCUGUACGUUGCGCAGACCUUCUGGGCAGCCCUCAAGACCGGGCAGCGCGUGGCGGAGCACGUGUCUGACUAAGCGAUGACUAACGCGACAUCAUAAUGACGGCUGCUUAGUCGCCUCGUCCCAGCGAGCCUGAAUUGGUGAUGCUGGAUGGCGGGACUUGAGGAAGCAGUGGUCAGAGCAUGUGUGCAUCAGCAGCGUUGUGGUGGGAGAGAAGAAAACCUAAGAGUGGUGAUUUGAUGAAGGUGAAACAGCGCAGGGUGACGAGAACAGAGCAUGAGUUGCGUGAGAGGAAGCAGAUUUUGGGGUGGCGAAAAUUUUGGCUUGAGCAGCGGCCGGGGGUUUUCAUGUGUCCUGUACAGAAGUGAUGGAAUGAGAAUGUCCCGGAAGAGAGAAGAGUACUUGGGGUGAAUCAGUUAUCAGACAUGGGUCAUUAAAUGACCGUCAUUUGCAUGUGCAAUGGUGGCAGCCGUGCACUCAUGAGGUCACAGGGAAUGCUUGCAUGGCUGUCGAUGGAGACAGAAGCGGGCAGUCAUUCAUAUUCCAUGGGGUGCAUAUCAGAUCGGCGGUGACAGCGAGGUAAAUUAAAAACCUUGGCGGUGUUGUAGCAUGAUUUUUCCAUGAUGGUUGCUUGUAGCGUUUGAGUUUGAAUGUAAGAAGCUGUGCAGUGGUUGCGCCGCAUGAAGCUGUUCUAUGUGGGGAGCUGUGGCUGUCGUUGCAGCUCUUUGUGAGUAAUGGUCGGGUGUCGCGCAGAUGUAUGCUGGUUUUCUGCAAACGAUUGACGCUCUUGCUUUUCUUCUUGUGCCUUGCUGGUCGCUGUGUGAAGUCGCUGUAGCCACUGCAAGCAUAUGCUUCAAGCUGAUGAAGUUCAACUACAUCAUCAGGCAUGGUGCCUGAAUUGCAAUGACAUAAG